GGAAAAUUACUGAAGUCUGGAUUGCUAUCUUGAUACUAUAAACCUGCAGUAAGUGGCAAUGUCCAGGGUCCCCACCCCACCUCCCCCUGGAGAGAUGUCCAGUGGACCUGUGGCUGAAAGCUGGUGUUACACACAGGUUAAAGUAGUAAAGUUUUCCUACAUGUGGACCAUUAAUAACUUCAGUUUUUGCCGAGAAGAAAUGGGUGAAGUUCUAAAGAGUUCUACCUUUUCAUCAGGGCCAAAUGACAAAAUGAAGUGGUGCCUGAGAGUGAACCCAAAGGGAUUAGACGAUGAAAGCAAAGACUACCUGUCAUUAUAUUUACUUUUAGUCAGUUGUCCAAAAAGUGAAGUCAGAGCAAAAUUCAAGUUUUCCCUGCUGAAUGCUAAAAGAGAAGAAACAAAAGCAAUGGAAAGCCAAAGAGCGUAUAGAUUUGUGCAAGGCAAGGACUGGGGUUUUAAAAAAUUUAUUCGAAGAGAUUUUUUACUAGAUGAAGCUAAUGGUCUUUUACCAGAUGACAAGCUUACGUUGUUUUGUGAGGUAAGCGUGGUCCAAGACUCAGUAAAUAUAUCAGGACAGUCUAAUACAAACACUUUGAAGGUACCUGAAUGUCGACUAGCAGAAGAUUUAGGGAAUCUCUGGGAAACAACAAGAUUUACAGAUUGCAGUUUUUAUGUAGGAGGACAAGAAUUCAAAGCUCAUAAAUCUGUCCUUGCAGCACGAUCUCCAGUUUUUAAUGCAAUGUUUGAACAUGAAAUGGAGGAAAGCAAGAAGAAUCGUGUAGAAAUAAAUGAUGUAGACCCUGAAGUUUUUAAAGAAAUGAUGAGAUUCAUUUACACAGGAAAAGCACCAAACCUUGAAAAAAUGGCUGACAACUUAUUGGCAGCUGCAGACAAAUAUGCACUGGAACGGCUGAAGGUCAUGUGUGAGGAAGCACUCUGUAGUAACCUCUCGGUAGAAAAUGUUGCUGACAUUCUUAUCCUCGCAGAUUUGCACAGCGCUGAACAGUUAAAAGCACAAGCAAUAGAUUUUAUUAACAGUUCUCUCUAUUGCAGGUGCAGUGUUCUUAGACAACUUGGGUGUAAAGAUGGGAAAAACUGGAAUAGCAACCAAGCAACAGACAUAAUGGAAACAGCAGGCUGGAAGUCCAUGAUCCACUCUCACCCUCACUUAGUAGCAGAGGCCUUUCGUGCACUAGCAUCUGCACAGUGUCCACAGUUUGGCAUUCCACGCAAACGGCUAAAACAGUCAUGAAAUCUUCCAUGAACUUUAGAGAAAUUGAAUUGACUCUACUCCUCCAUGCCCAGAGGUGUUUUCACAAACCAUAACAAGAGUUUUUGUUAUCGUUGUCCACAGAACCGAAGCUGAAAAAGCCUAUUGUUUGCUUUUCAGAUGGAUAAUUUAUGGUUUAAUCCUCAGCUUUAAAUUAGACUGAUUAAUUCACUGAAAGGCCUUAAAUUAUCUGCAAUGACUCUCUAGUCCAUAUAGUCUAAUGUAUCUUUUUUUUAAUUAUUUUUUUUAAUGUGCCUUGUCUUUUUGACUGGGCUCUGCAGGAUUGCACUAGCUCCAUAAUGCAGUAAAGUUGAUAACUGAAGAUUAAUUUUUGAAAGGGAUCUUCCAUUAUUUUCAAAAAAAAAUAUUGUAGUUUGGUCCUGUGCUAACUGGAAGGUUUUAACUAGCCUCUCAAUGAGAGCACUUGAACUGGAGGCACGUACUGUUUCCUAGACAAGUGCUAAAUAUAGGGAGAGCCUGUUUACCUUCAGAGAAUGCCUACAGGCUAUUUAUGGCAAUAUACUGCUUUGAACAUAAUUUAUUUUUCAUUGCGGGGGCAAAUAUGCAAUGGUUUGGCCCAGAAGUGUAUUUUCAUUACAGUUUGUAAUGCUUAUUGUGUGUGUGUCAAAGCUGUCCAAACGGUAAAAAGAAACACAGAAUAAACCUCUUGCUUGUGUUUCUUUAUGGUCCAUCACUAGUUUACAUUUAAUGCAGAACUGAACGAGAAGUAAAGUGUUCAAUGUGAAGACAUAAUAGUAUUGUAGAUGGAAAAAAUAUAUCCCACAUGUAUGGUUACAUAGAAAAGUAAAGGAUGCAUAGAAUGACCAAAUGUAAAUUGAAGAAAUGGGCCAAAUGGAUUCUGAAUAUGCACUUUUAAUGUGUAACUUUUGUAUGUUGUGUGGUACAUAUAUAUUUUGCUUUUGAUGAAUUAAUGAGGUACAGGUAAUUGUGGCUUAACUUUUUAGAUACAUUUUAAGAUACCCACAGCCACAUGGGAUUUAGUUUUGUUAUAACAAAAAAGAAAGGCAUGUCUUUUAAGACUCAGUUGAAGGUGACUAUUGCAAGCUUUCCUAUUUAAGUAACGGAAUAUUUUUGCUCAUUUGGAAAAGACAUGUGAAUGGUAAAAACUUUGGAGGGGGAUUUUUCUCAUCUCGAUGUGUACAGCUUCCAUUCACAUCUGAGGAAGUUACUUACACAUCAAGAAGAAUAUUUCCCUGAAAUGUCAGAUGAUACUUGCAAGCAGAGACUUGCUCAAUCUUGCAUUUCGGUUAUUGUACUAGCAUUGUGGAUGGUAUUGAAAUUCUGCAUAAUGUGAAAAGGAUGAAACAUUUGUAAACUGCUUGUCAUGGGCCAGUUCUUUAUUAUAUGAAUCUUAGCUUUAAUACCAACAUCCUCAGUGUUUGAUAGCUUUGUUUACGAUUGGGAAGAAAAGUCUGCAGUAGUACACACUCUAAAUGUUUCCUGAGUUAUUACAUUGAAUUUACUGUAAUGGUGAUAAUAUGCUAUGUUUGUUCUUUGGGAAGACUUGGGUUUAACAGUGGGGAAUGGGAGGCGAUCUCACCUAAUUUAUAAACAUAUUUGGAAAAAGAUUUUUAGUUUACCUAUUUAAGAAAAAAAAAAGUUAUACAGGGAGGAGAGAGGAGAAGUCUCAGAUUGUUUACUAUCUUAAAACCUCUCUCCAUCCUCAUUUCGUUAAAAUUCAUCUGAAUUACUCCUAACGACGUUUUUAGAGGAAAGAGAAUAUAGUUUUAUACCUUGGCAUCUAGUCAUCCAUUAGCAAAGGCAAAUUGGAAAAAAUGCCCACUCCGAUUUCUAAGAAUAAAAUAACCUCUAAAUGCAUUUUCUUCUUACGUUCUAACUAAAUCUUUAUGGAUAAAGUGUAAAAUCAGAAACUUUAAUAGUACAUAAGGCAUCAAAUUAUAUAUUUACAGAGAUUUAUCCUUUUAUCAAUUUUUAAAUAUUUAUCUAAAAUAAGGUCUCAUAAACUUUCUUCAUAAUAAGACAUAAAGGUAAUUGUUCCCUCCGAAAUAGUGAUGUUUUUGCUGCACUGUGUAAUGCGUUAGGACUAUAUAUCCUCAUACCCAUCACUGUUAAAACUUGCAGCGCUAACCUAUGAAGUGACUUGAAUAUUUAAUACUGUAAUAAUUGUCCAGUUCAGCUUGUUCUAAAGUGACAACAUACAGUAAUCUAAUGGAAAGCUUAAGGAUUUUAUGAAGUUUUUUUUUUUUUAAGAAGCUUAAAUAGCACACUUUGUACCAAAAAAUGUCAAACACUGUGCUGUAAUAUUAUCUACGUUGUAGAGUGUCCACUUUUCAAGUCAGGCAGUGUAUACCAUAUGUUACGCUAACAGAAAAUCAUGAUAAUUGAUCUGUUUAGAUUUGGGUUUAUUUAUUAUGUAUAUUUUUAAGUUUUAUCAGCUCUUAAGAAAAAGGUAAAACAGUUGCUGUAUUCUUAAGUGAGUGCACUAAUUAUUCACCUCUUUAUUCUUUAAUUAACUACAUGCAGUGUUCUCACUGGAAUGGGAUAGCUGGUAAUAACCCUCUCCUUCAGAUUCAGUAGCUUGUUUUUCUUGCCCACAUCUCAAGAGCUUGCCCUUCAAAACCUCAGUUGUCGGUUGUAAGUGCAGCGAAUAUGAAACCAUCUAAUACAAUGGACAGUUCUUUCAGGCUGAAAUCGUAGGGGGCUUUUCUUAGUUUUAUAUAAAGAUAGGAAUACAAUGUAUGAAGGUGCCAUGUUUUGGCUUGCCAACACUACUCCCUCGGAUACAUGUGAACCACCGCUUCCAGGCUUUUCUGGGGAGAACCCUGCAUGUGUACUGUGUGUGCGUGCGUGUGUAUGACUGUGCAGUGUUUUUUGUUAAGAAUGACUUUCUAAAAAUAAGGACUCAGUUUGCUGUUAAACGCUAUUGCCUUUUUAUGUAUUUGUUUGAACCUCCAUUUGAACCUCUCCUAAGGAGAUGCUUCAAGGAAUAAUCCUUAUUUACUAGUCCAUUUACUGCAUGCAGAAGUAUGAACACAUUGUGCCUUUUUUAGGAUACUAUUGCAAUGAAGGGAAGAUUUAAGAGGAUAUAAGAUCUUUUUUUAAAAGUGUUUUUAAAGUUGAAGGAGAAUGCUAUCUGAUGCACAGUUGAGGCAGAAAAGUUAUGGAAUAUUGAUUUGAGCUCUGUCAUAUGUUAAUUCUUUCGUCCUAAAUUCCGUUUCACUGCAGUAGAAACGAAACGAAAUGUGGGAGAACUUCACAGAUAUAAGUUGAAUAAUGGUAUCUCUUGUGAAAAAUGUGAAAAUAUUUGCUGUUAAAAGCUGAGUGUACAUCAAAAUGCACUAAUCAUGAACAGAAAGUUGUACAAGUUACUCUGGUCCUGAUGCUUUUAAAAUAUUGUUUCGCCCCUGCACAGUGUCAAUAGAAGCCCCAUGUGGAUAUGAUGUUCCUUUUGAAUCCUCAUUGAGGGGUUUCCCUUUUGGGAGAAUAAAGCAUUGUGCAGUAUUUGAAAUUGUGUUUUAUGAAAGACAGUAGAUUGGAAAAGUGAAAUAUAGCUGCCUGAACUGAUGUUGAAUUUUGUUAGAUUUUUACAGUUGGUUGAAAUUCCUAAUCUUAAUUUUUUUAAUUUUUUUUGUAAUUUUCAAAUGGAGUGUUAUUAGCUGUUCUCUGUUUGGUAUUGAUAGCAUAUUUAGUAGAAAGCUUAGCCUGUUAGCUAGCAAGACACUGACUUAGUCUUAUAUCUUGGCUUCUGCUCACAGUAAAUGGACUACAUUUCUAAAGGGAAUUCACAUUUUAAGUGUUUUGCAAUGAACUUCAUCCUAUUUGUAAUCUGGUUUUUGAAGGCUUAACAUAAAUGAGUCCUAUUUUAGAAAUUAAACCAGUGAAAUGACUUAGACCUGUUUUGGGGUGGAAAUGAUUAAGAGAGUUCAGAUGUGUAAACAGUUGUAUCAAACCAUCCAGCCUUUUUUUAUCAGCUGAUGUUAAUGGUGAAAUACUUUUUGUACCUUGUUGCUGAAAAUAUUUUUGCGUUUCAGCACAUCAAGUUACAAUAAAGUUGUUACUUAUACAGAA